AUGUCGUCAGACCGCAAUGACGAGCAGGAAGACGUCGUCGAAAUGAGGAAGGCGAUUGCAACUGGCAGUGCCAAGGAGGGGCCUGUCGUCUCUUCGAUACCACCCAUAGUAUGCUAUUGCUUCGCGUCAAUUCUCAUGACCGUUGUGAACAAGUUUGUCGUCUCAGGCAGACAAUUCAAUAUGAACUUCCUCCUGCUCUGCAUACAAAGCACUGUCUGUGUCUCGUGUGUGUACCUGGUCAAGAAACUUGGCAUUAUCUCCUUCCGCAACUGGGAUUCCAAGGACGCUAAGGCGUGGUUUCCUAUCAGCUUCCUCUUGGUCAGCGUUAUCUACACUGGGUCCAAGAGUCUGCAAUAUCUUAGUAUCCCAGUGUACACCAUCUUCAAAAACCUGACUAUCAUCCUCAUUGCAUAUGGUGAGGUCAUCUGGUUCGGAGGCCGUGUGACAGGUCUUACACUCGUCUCAUUCUUCUUCAUGGUUCUUUCAUCUUUAAUAGCAGCGUGGGCAGACAUUAGCGAUGCAUUGACUGCGGGGGACCCGGCAGUGUUGGAAAGCGAGGGAUGGGGCUUCCAGCAUUUGUCCGGCAUUGUAUCGAAGAUUAACGUCGGUUACUUUUGGAUGCUCAUCAAUUGCUUGACAAGUGCUGCAUACGUCCUCACAAUGCGCAAGCGCAUCAAGAUUACCGGAUUCUCAGACUGGGAUUCUAUGUUUUAUAACAACUUGCUCUCAAUACCCGUGCUCGCUUUCUUCUCCAUCGUGGCGGAGGACUGGAGCGCUACCAACCUGACGCGUAGCUUCCCGGAGGAGACACGCAACGUCCUCUUCUUUGCGAUCGCGUUCUCAGGCGCUGCGGCGGUGGGAAUUUCGUACACUACUGCGUGGUGUGUGCGCGUAACGAGUAGCACGACGUACAGCAUGGUAGGAGCCUUGAACAAGCUGCCCGUGGCAGCCUCGGGCAUGAUCUUUUUUGGCGACCCCGUCACGUUGGGCUCAGUGUCAGCUGUUUCUGUCGGUUUCUUCGCAGGCGUGGUAUACGCUGUCGCGAAGAACAACCAGAGGAAAGUAGAAAUGGCCGUGCAGAACAACGUUCUGCCCAUGACGCGGAAGCCGUAG